AUGGCCACCAAAUACGAGUUAUCAAAAACCUAUCAGUACCGCAAGGUGAUGAAGCCGCUGCUGGAACGCAAGCGUCGCGCACGCAUCAACAAGUGCCUGGACGAUCUUAAGGAUCUGAUGGCCGAGUGCGUGGCACAAACUAGCGAUGCCAAAUUUGAGAAGGCCGACAUCUUGGAGGUGACCGUGCAAUACUUGCGCAAGCUGAAGCAAACCAAGUCCGCCAAUGCCACUGCAUCCGCAACGGAGCACAGUUUUCGCGCCGGCUACAUUCGUGCCGCCAAUGAAGUUUCCCGUGCGUUGGCUGCAUUACCCAAAGUAGAUGUCGCCUUUGGCACCACACUGAUGACACAUCUCGGCAUGCGUUUGAAUCAACUGGAACAGCCCGUGGAGCAGCCAGCGCCAAUGGCACCGCAUGCACCCCUAAGCAUCAACUGCGGCUCUGCCUACUCCUGCAGCAGCAGCCGCGACGCCUACAGCCCCGUCUCCAGCGGCUAUGCCAGUGACAGUGAUUGCAGCUCCGGCUCAUCCACGCCCAUCGCCGCUCAAUCUUUGCUGCAGAUCAGCAACACCGGCAGCGUCUGGCGUCCGUGGUAA